AUGGCUGACUACCGGCAGCCUCUUCUGCCUCCAAGAUCGGAGGACAUAGAUGACCAUGAGCAGCGCCUUGUUCAGAAAAGCGCCGCCGCUGCCGAGGCCUCCUUCGCCGUCGGGGCAGGUGACAUUCAGCCGAUCAGAAGCCUUGGGGAUUUCUCGAGAGAGUUCUUGGCGGAAUCCGGCAGGCUGUGGUUCCUGGCGGGCCCCGCCAUCUUUAUGUGCCUCUGCCAGUACUCCCUGGGCGCCGUCACGCAAGUCUUCGCCGGCCAAGUCGGCACCCUCGAGCUCGCCGCCGUCUCCGUCGAGAACUCUGUCAUCGCCAGCUUUUCCUCAGGCACCAUGGUGUGUAAAUCUAGCUACCUCUAUGCUCAAGCUCCAGAAUACUGA